AUGCAACACACUCGCAACAUGUCGUCCUCUUCCGCCGCUUCCUCCUCGUCCUAUAACAAUACACACCAGCCUCGACUGUCUAUAAACUCUAUCCAAUCCAUAAUGGAACCUGUCACCCCUCCUCCCUUUGGUCAAUUGAAUUCAAACUCAAAAAGAAACCAUUAUAAAGCUCAAUCAUUGGACUUAUCAGGCUUUAACCAUUUCUUCCCCGGAUCGACUUCUUCCCAAUUACAAUCUCAACAUGCUGCUCAACUUCAACCACAGAUCCAACAAUCUUCAUUGUUAUUCAUGACCUCCCCAUCCUCAAACCUACUCUCUUCUUCAAAUAACAACAACAACAACAACAACAAUAGUAAUAAUCUAUCUUUGGCUACUUCUUCAUUACAAAAUACCCCUUCUUCUUGGGGUACUAAUGAUUUAGAAUUCCCUGGUUCUUUAAAUAAUUUUUAUUCUACUCCAAACUCUCAAAUGCAAGUACAAGCUCAAGUACAAGCUCAAGCUCAAGCUCAAGCUCAAGCUCAAGCUCAGGCCCAAGCACAAGCCCAAGCACAAGCUCAGGCUCAAGCCCAAGCCCAAGCCCAAGCCCAAUCACAGUUACAACAUUUACAAAUGCAGCAAUCUCAAUCUCAAUUCCAAUACAAUUACCCAGAACUGUUGAACUUACCUUUAGAUCUACCUUCGAAUAGUUCAAAUAUCACUUCGAAUAACCACAACACAACAGCUAGUAGCACUUCUUCUUAUUCUUCAAACACAUUGAUUCCAAAUUAUAAUAAUUUAGAUGUUUUCCCCAACCAAAAAGUUCAUUCAAGAACUGUCUCAACUCCUUCAAUCAAUUCCAUAGUUACUGAAAAUACUUUAUUUUCAAAUUACUCUACAACAAACCCACAAAUCAUUUUAAAUAAUUCCAAUAAUAUCAAUAACAAAAAUUCGGCUAACAACAAUACCUCCUUAAAUGAUUACCCUUCAUCUUCCAUAAACAACAAUAAUAACAAUAAUAACGAUUUGAUUGUUAAUACUAAUUUCAUUCAAUCAUUUGCAUCUGCUACAAGCUUGAAUGAUAAUUCAAAUUCUAAUAGUGCAAACACAAGCACUAAUACAAGUAUAAAUUCGACUUCAAAUACCGGGUCUACUUCUAUGACAACAUCAAAUACCUCUCAAAAUAAUCCAAAUAAUAUUAAAAAUAAUAAUAUUAAUAAUAACAACAACAGCAAUAAUAUCUCUUUAUUAUCUUGGGAUCAGCAAACAACUUUAUCAGCUCCUUAUCAACCUACUACUACUUCUACCCCUACACCAACUCCAACUACUGCUACUACUGCCGCUACCGUCUCUGUGUCUGCUUCUACUUCUACUUCUACUUCCGCUUCCACCUCAACAAAUACUAAUAAUAAUAAUAACAAAUUAGCUUCUUCUAAUACUACACCAACAAUGAAGAUUUCUCAAAAACCAUUAUUAGCUACUUCCACUUCAUCUCCCUCAACUAUACCAACAACAAAUUCUGUAACAUUUAAUUCUACAAAAAAUACACCAAUUGAAAAAUUAGAUUAUAUUAAAUUAUCAAUGGAUCAAUUUGGUUGUCGUUUCUUGCAGAAAAAAUUAGAAAACUCAAAUAAACAAGAAUCUUUAAAAGUUAGAGAUUUAAUGUUUUUACAAAUACAACCUGUAUUCUUAGAUUUAAUCCUAGACCCAUUUGGUAAUUAUUUAAUUCAAAAAUUAUGUGAUUAUUUAACAAUCGAUCAAAAGACUAUUUUAAUCCAAUCCAUUUAUAAAAAUGUUUAUCAAAUCUCUAUUAAUCAAUACGGUACAAGAUCUUUACAAAAAAUUAUUGAUUCCAUUGAAAAUAAUGAAACUCAAAUAGAUAUUUUAAUGCAAGGGUUUUCUAUAGAAAAUACUUCAAUUGAUCAAAUCAUUUCUUUAAUGAAUGAUUUAAACGGUAAUCAUGUGAUUCAAAAAUGUAUAUUUAAAUUCCCAAACUCCAAAUUCGAUUUUCUUUUAAACUCAAUCAUUUAUGAAAAUAAUAUAGUUAAAAUCUCAACUCAUAAACAUGGCUGUUGUGUUUUACAAAAACUAUUGGGUGUUUGUAAUGACAAUCAAACUCAAUUGAUAAGUGAUAAAGUUAUCGAAUAUUUAAAUGGUUUAAUCAAUGAUCAAUUCGGGAAUUAUAUCAUACAAUACAUUUUAAACAUUAAAACUAUUGAAAUCCCAUUUAUGUUAAAAAUUUAUCAAAUUUUAGAUGGUAAUUUUUGUAAAUUAUCAUGUUUAAAAUUCUCAUCAAAUGUCAUUGAAAAAUAUAUGAGAAAAUUAUUUACAAUUGUUAAGAACAAUACUUUUGAUAAUACUAACAAUAACAAUAAUUAUUCUGGUUCAAACCAUAAACAUCAUAACAACCAAUAUAAAAAUAAUAUUGUCAAACAAGAAGAUGUUAAAAUUAUUCAAAAUAUUAUUCUAAGAAUUGUAGAUGAAUUCACUAGAGAUUUAAACGUAUUGAUUAAAGAUAAAUUUGGUAAUUAUACCCUACAAACUUUAUUAAAUACCUAUAAUUAUAACGAAUUGAUAGCAGCUUUUAUUCCACUUUCUAUUGAUAAUUCUAAUACUAACGCUAAUGCAACUUCUAAUGAUAAUACAAUUAAUAAUAAUAGUGAUAUUUCUGAUAAUAUCUCUUUUAAUCCAAACACAACGAAUGUAAUUAAUAAUUUUUCUAAUGAACUUUCUGCAAUUGAAAAAAUCAAUGAAAAAAGAAUUAAAGAAAAUGAGGACUUUAUUACUUCAUUCAAUACUAAAUUAUACAAGAUGAUGACCUUAACAAGAGAGUUAUUACCAUUAAUUAGAAUGACUUCUUAUGCAAAAAAAUUAAAAUGA